AUUAUCUUAAUAAAAAAAUAAGUGUACUUUAUCAUUUUUGUAUAAAGUGUUUUUAAAUAUUUAAUACAGAAAUAAUAUAGUUUAAAAGAACCUUCCUAUAUGCGUAUAGACUUUUGUUAGUAAUUUGCAUUGCUAACCACUAAAUUCAAACAAAUUUAAAGGCAAUUUUAUCGCUUAAUUUUGAACCCUCAGAUUUUCAAAUAGUUUUAUCUCCACCAAAUAUUUUGCUAUCCACAAUUAUAAAUCUUAAAGGUUAUAUCAAUCCUAAUUUCCAUAAUAAAAUUGACACAACUGAUUUUGAGGUCCAGGGUGAUAUCUAUCAGCAUGAAAAGGUGUGUUAGAAAUGUGUAUUAGAAGUUUAAAGUGUUGACAUGAAGGUGUGUAAGAGGGAAGAAAUAUUCAUUGUGUAAUGUUGCCAGAAACAUGUCUGUCUCCAUUAGAGGUCACCGCAAUGCUGUCUUCCCCAAAUCCAUAUCACUAUCCUUCUCAGCUGGAAGGCUUGACCAGGAUUGAGCGGUUGUUUGUCUUCAGAGACCAUCCUGAAUGUAUUGAAGUUUGCUGUGAAGUGCAGCCUAACCGCAGUUAUUCAGUGAAGGAUGACAGUGGGAACAAAGUCUUUAGUGUCACAGAGGCCGAUGACUGCUGUGGCAGCCAAUACGCUGAACGUUUCUUCGUUAUGAAUGUUACUGACAACUUAAACCGUGAGGUCAUCAGACUGGUGCACCCGUCUGUUUGCACCCGCUGCAGCAGCCAUGAGCUGGAGGUUCAGUCUCCACCAGGAACUCCCAUUGGUUACGUUCGUCAAAACUGGCACAUUCUCUUACCCAAAUUCACAGUUGAGAAUGAACGAGGUGAACCCGAAUUUAAGAUCAUGGGACCGUCUGUAUUUUGGACCUGCUGCACGGAUGUGAACUUUGAGCUGGUGCCUUUAAACGCGGCAGCAGUAGAAAGAUCAUUUGGCAGGAUCAUCAAUCCUUCAUAUUGGGCAGGACCAAAUCCUGGUGCCAAUUUUGUGCUGGAGUUUCCAAGCAGCCUGCAAGUCAAAAUGAAAGCUACUGUACUGGGGGCCUGCAUACUAAUUCACAACAUGUAUUAUGAAAACAAACAAUAAAGGGAAACGGGGGUUUCUCUUUAUGAAAAUGAAGGUUGCCAACAAUCUUUUUUUUAAUCUUUCACCAAUUUCACGAGAAUCUUAUGUGUCUAUUUUGUCUUAUCUUGAUAAAGAAAAAAUAAUAUUAAUAAAAAUUGGAAACUGUCAAAA